AUGGAUGACGAUCAUGAUGAACUGAGAUUUGUGUCUGAAUCAGACGACAAAUUCGAGCCCAUGAAAAAGCCUUCUACUUUGAUCAUCAACGGAAACGGAAUUGGAAACGGGAAUGAGAAUGGGAAUUCUAGUAUUUACGGGUUACGAGAGAACCCUAAAAAGAGUUGGAGAGCAGUCGGUUCUUCCUCCUCGACUUUAUCUUUCCCAAAUGAGAAAGUUUGCAAGCAAUGUGGAAAAGGGUUCCCAUCUUUAAAAGCUUUAUGUGGUCAUAUGGCUUUUCAUUCUGGUAAAGAUAGGAAUUCCAAGGAUUACGAUUAUUCAUGGACGAGUGAAAAUCUCGAUCAUGAUGACAAGUCCAUCAGCGAUAGUCAUUCCGAUACUGAAGAAAACGAGCUUCAAGAUCCGAUUUGUGUUACAAGAUCCAAAUCAAAAAGGUACAAGAACAUCGUAGUUAAACCAUCUUCUUUUUUAACCAAUAGUAAUAAUAGUAAUUACAAUUACGGAUCUUCUUCUGUUUCUGAAAUUGAUGAAAUUGAACAAGAAGAAGUUGCAAUGUCUUUGAUGAUGUUGUCUAAGGAUUCCGCCAACUGGGCCGGUGUUAAUUCCGUGGUAGAAUCUUCUGACAACAAUUCUGUAGUUUUGGAGACCAAGUGGAAUUCCGAGAAUCGUUGGAAUGGAAUCAAGAAAGUGGAAUCAGAUAUUACGGUAGAGGAACUUCUUAGGAAUGGUGAUCAACAUAAGAAGAGAUCAAAAGGAGUGAAUGGUUUGAACUGCAGAGUGUAUUCUUAUGAAGAAAAACUCGAAAUUAGAAGGAAUUUGUUUAAAGAAUUCGGGUAUAAUGAUAAUUUUAAGAAAAGAAUCAAAGAAGAUGAUGAUUCUUAUAAGCCUGAGGAGCCACAUAAGAAGAGAAGCAAGUAUGAAUGUAUGAACUGCAACAAGAUUUUUAGUUCUUUUCAAGGGCUUGGAGGACAUAGACCUUGUCACAAAAAGAACAAUUCAGAAGCCCAAUAUCAUAAUCACAAGGCUAGGUUUGACAAAAAGAUCAGGCCAAAAAAGAACAAAGGGCAUGAAUGUCCAAUUUGUUUUAGGAUGUUUAAAUCAGGGCAAGCUUUAGGGGGUCACAAAAGGUCUCAUUUCAUUAAUGGUGGUUCUGGAGAAAGGUUUGAUCACAUCGCAGUGAUGGAAGAUGAGGGUCCUACAUGUACUGAUAUGAUUGAUCUUAAUCUACCUGCUCCAGAAGAGGACUAG